AUGGAGCCCAGGACCGGACCUCAGCCGCUUUCGCACCGACGACCUGGGCAGCGAGUAAUCAAGAGCAAUAGCGUGAGCGCCGCGCUUCAUGACUACCUCCACAACAACCCUGGGGGGUUCGAUAUGCGCUUUUAUGCCAGGCGGUAUGGCGUUUCGGUUGGCAGUCUUACAAUGAGACUGUGGAGGGAGAAGAGGAAGAAGAAGAAGGAGGAUGAUGCAACUGAGGCUCUGGACAGUGAUGAAGAGACCAUGGAAGUUUCAAGGAUUGAGGCACCGGCAGCGUUAGCAAGGCCAACAACGACAACAAGACCAGAGCGACACAGUCUCACAUUUCCCAUUCCCAAGCCAGGCAAGAAAGCCUCUCGAGAAGCCGUAGAAGCCGCCUUUGACGAAUACCUUCACAGCAGUCCCCCGGUGUCUGGCCUUGACAUCGCUAAAAAGUACGGUCUACAUCCAAGCACCAUGAACAAGAGGAUAGCUUCGACGAAGAUCUCGAAGGACGUUGCUAGAAGUGCUGGGGAUAGCGGAAAGAAAACCAGGAGCGGAAGGGCAAACAACUUGAGGAGUAAUCCUCCGAGUUCACGUCGACAACAAGAAGCCGGAGUCAAGCCUGGUAUUCCAGGCAAGAGCAUCCCGCCGCCGCCGCCACCACUACGACCACCACCAACAGCAGCAGUACCGACACCAGCACCAACCUCUGCAAGUGGACCAAAACAAGCCAGAAGUCUAUCCACACUAAGAGCAAGAGUAGAUCGCAUCAACUCUGCCAUGGAGUACAUCAUCCAAAAUCCCGGUCAUUGUUACAAGCACGUCGCCAAAAGAUUCGGCGUGGGUCGUCGGACGCUCUUCGGUAGGGCUGCUAAGUUGAGAGCAGCCGGUAUCAAUGUCCCAUCCUCAACGAUUCCAGGAAGGAUGCCAGCAAAGCGGGACACCUACAUUACUACUGGUAGUAGUAGUAGUAGUAGUAGUAGUAGGCAUGGAGAUGUACAACCCAGUGGAGGCUCAGCGGAAGAGGCAAUAGCAGCAGUAAUCAAAGUCAGAAGCAGCACAAGCCAACGGCCACGACAGGAUCAAGGACAAGGCGAAAGUCAGAAACAGGACCCGACAGAAAAGAAGAAGAAGAAGAAGAAGGAGAAGGAGAGCGCGUCACCGCCACGACCACAACCACAAUCACAUCAAGAGCGAGACCGAGGACGAGGUCUAGGUCUCAGAAGCAGCAGCCGAAUCAAAGCCGCCGCACAGACAAGCGUGAACGCCGGGGUUAGCAGUAGCAGCAACAGCAACAGCACCAGCAACAGAAACAGCAGCACCAGCAACAGCAGCACCAGCAAUGGCAGCAGAAGCAAAGAGAAAAGUAACAACAACAACAAUAACCCUUCAGACUACAUGUCCAGAGCUGAGCGAUGCGAUGCUGCCUGGGAGGAGUACCUCUGCAGCAAUCCGCGGCCGAGCCUCUUCUAUUUUGCGAGAAAGUAUGGAAUUCACAAGAGCACCUUGAGCGCGAGGAAAGGCGCUUUGAAGAAGCAGGGGGUGGAUGUUGAUCUGUUGUUGCCGAACUCUGCUAAAGCCAAUACUAAUGGUAAUGCUUUUGCUAAUGGGGCCGGCAGUGGAAGGAUGUCAAAGGUUGUGGACUUGAUGAGCGACUCUGACUUGGACUCGGACUUGGAGGAAUCGGAAUCGGAAUCGGAAUCGGGUUCGGAGGCGGAGGAUGGUGGUGACCAUGAGAUCAUUGACGCUGAGAGUAACGUCACCUCACCUCCGUCGUCGAAGCUAGUAUUGGCACGACGUCAAAGUAUGCAACUGUCUGAUAUCCAGGAACGAUACCUGGUGAACUGGUACCUUCGCGAAGAGUCACUAGGGAGAGGAGCACCGAGUCGUGGUAAACUGACUAGCAUGGCGUUAUCGUUGUUAUUUGAUGGGCAGGAAGUGGAUUUGGACCUCCAGGAUGAGGAAUGGUUGGGUAUUUUGAUUCAACAGUUUCUGGAGCGGAAUCCGGAUAUCAAAUUGAUGGUUGGAAGGGCAGAGGGUGGAGAUGGGAUAUGGGGUGAGGAGGUAAUGGUGGGGCUUGUGCUAGCACAGAAGAUGAGGAAGCCCAAGGAUGGCGUGAGGAUGUUAUGGGGACCAACAGCUGCUGAAGCAGCAGCGGCAGCAGCGGCGAUGGGUUACAUCUCUGACGAGAAUGAUGACGAAGGUGAUUGGGAAGACGAAGAAGAAUCCGAUUCCGAGCAGAGCGAAAGUGAUGAAUCAGUCUCUGACUCCGAAGACUCCGAAGACUCCGAAGAAGACGACUCCGACUCCGACUCUGAUCCUGACUCUGACUCUGACACCUCGACCAGCACCUCAAACGACAAUCCCUACAACCAAGCCUUCGUCGAAUCCCUCUUUGUCAAACUCGAGUCCACACCCUCUCCGCCUCUACUAUCACCGGCAGCGACAAAAGGCGGACACAAACAUAAUAACCUUCCAACACCCCAAUCCUCCUACGACAUCCAACAACAUUAUCUCUCUGCUCUAUAUAACUCACAAUCAGCGACGCAGACAGCUCAGAUUGUCAAAACCCUGUGCAUCAAAACCGGCAAGGCUCUGGACCUCAAGAAUUCUGCGCUGGAAGCCUUAAGGGAGAAAGCGGACCGGUUGGAGAAAGAGGCCGGGGAGUUGAAGAAGGCCAUACUAGAAAUCACGGCGGCGGCGGCGGCAGCGGCGGCGGGAAAGCAUGAUGGUCUUCUUCUUGAUCCUAGCCCUGAUCCUGGUUCUAGUCCUUCUCCUCUGGGGCUGUCGUUUUCCGAGGAGCGACAUGAACAGGAGAAGCAGCAACUACAGCAAGAGGGGCAGGAAGGAAAGAGGUCAUCGUCGUCAGGAAGCAUAAACAUGAGUUCUGUCAGCGAUGUAGAUGUAGAAAGGGAGAUUUUGGAGAGGGCCACCACCACCACCACCACUGAUAAGGGACUAAGGGCAUCGCCGUCGUCGAUAAUACCUCCUCCCGAACUGGAAGAGGCAAACUCAAUGCAAGAGAGUUUGCUCGGUGGAAGUAACGAAGCGGGUGGUCAAGGAAAUGGAGAGAGUGAAAGUAACUGUGAAAGUGGCUAUGACAAUGAGCACAAGGGAAGCGACACUAAACGCCCAAGUUUUCUCACUGAUGAUACCUCAACAAUAGUGUCGCAUGACAACAAAAGCAGGAAACGGCGUCGCAUGGUCGAUAUAGAAAUUGUGCUUGAAGCCAAGAAAAUGUUUGGCUUUGCUGCUCACGAUGAAAGCAUAGGGCCAUGGACAGGGGCAUACACAAUCGGGCCUGGGGCGCCCGGGAAGAAGAGGAGGAGGAUCACGGAGCGGAACAGCUAG